AUGGCGCCACAAAAAUUCGCCAGCAUGCGCUUGAAGUCCCGGCCUACGCUCGUGCCUUUUAAGGACGAUACUAGCCUCAUCGCCCUCCGCUACGAGAAGACGGUCCAGGCAGAGCCUCCCAUCCCUAUUCUUACGCGAGCCCCCCCGAGAUCUCUCUCCAUCUCGACGGGUCGCACUUCUACUUCUGCAUCUUCGUCGCUCCCGAGUCCCCCUUCCAGCCCAGUCGUCGUGGCUCCUCCCCCCGCUAUCAAUCAACACCCUGCAUUCCGCUCCCGCGUAACUGCUGGCAACACGACCCUCAACGACUGGAAGAGGGAUUCCGGACUUGCACCGACUGCAUCGUCUUCGGCCACCAUUGCUGAGGAGUGCGAGGACGAAGAGCACGCAUACGAGAAGAUCGCCGCCCUGGGGAUCGACCCGGUGAUCACGCAACCAUUGGUAUUGGAAGAGCCUGUGGCACCUUUUGUUUGCGAACUCGAUUCCGUCUACUCCACCACCGCGUCGUCUUUCAGCAAACAACAUCAAUCCGGUCGAUGCACGCCUUCAGCUGGUAACCAGUCCGCUACAAUGGACCAUCAUCAUGUCGCGCAGCUUGGAGUGUCUGAAAGAAAGGCGUCUGGCAGUGCAAGCAGCACAUUCUCCAUCAGCCUUCCCCUUGAGUGUCAUGACGGAAGCUUAAGCGGCCUGUCUCCUACUCCAGCACCAGUGGCCCCCCACCCGCGGGGCUCUCUUACAGCCUCCGAGAACUCGCCUAAUCUCUCCCCUGUCAAUGUCCCCGACAACCUCGAUCUCCUGAGCAAGGAUGCCUUCGACUUCUCCCCCAUUUCAAUCUCUAUCCCCACCGACAGCCUCCUCGACGAUGAUUUCCUGACGAGCUUGUCUUUCUCUAAUCGAGGCAGUCUCAUGUUCUGUGGCCGUCGUCCAAUCCCCACACAAACCACCGACGGAACAAUGACAAUGGAAGACAAAUCGCAAACGGACGAGGCCCGCGCGCCCGCGCACCAUCUUGCUGAAGCCCCUGCAGCACCCGCCCCAACCCUCCACGUUGUGUACGAGGAGGAGCCCCGGAGUCCUGCCGCCACCACCACCACUGACGCCUGCGCCAACGACAUGAGCGCAGCCGGGACGGCCACGACUGUAGCAACCACGGCAGAGGCGACCGCAGAGUCGGCGUCGCAAGUCACCGUGACAACCCCCAGCAUUCGCGUCUUGUCCGCGGACGUGGAGAUGGAAUCUCAAAAGGUGAGAUCGCUCUAUGAAUCCGGCGAAAGCCUCCGAUGGGAAGACGGAGGCAGGCCGUCGGAUGUUAGCGAGCGACUCGAGGCGACCGCUGAAUGUCCGACGGAGGAGUCUGAGAACGAUCCCGUCGCCGAACUACAACCUCCUGCAUCGGGUACGCCAAGGUCUGGAAGUUCCUACUCCCAAAGGCCCGAAACGCGCAGCGAGUAUGAAGUGGCGGGCGGUCUGGAAGACUGGGAGGAUCUCGAAGGACAAGACGUCGAUCGAUACGGCUUCAUCAGCCCGCGCAAGCCUGAGCCAAGAGGCAGCACCUCGAUGGAGCUCAAGUCAACACAGUACGCUCCUAGGAAGAAAACUGGCUUUUCGAAACGAGAUGUCUUCGGACUGGGGGUGCCCUCCAGAGGACCCAGUAAGAAAGUGUCUGCCCGAUCUCUCAACACCCAGAACUCAAAGGCAUCUGUCGCAUCUCGUCGGUCGGCUCGAUCGGUAGUGAGGCAGGCGGGAAAUCUGCUUCCUUACAACCAGGAUCGGCGCUGGAUGGACGAUGCUGGAGGCAUGCUUUCACUUUCUUUGGAUGACGAGGAGAAGGUCGAGCAGAUAUCUGAAGCUAUAAAGAAGAAGGAGUGGGAGAGGUCUGAGAAGUGGCGAAAAAUGGCUAGGGUCGUCAAAAAGGGAAGAGACGGCGAAGGCAUGGAGUUCGAGUUUGACGUCAAGAACCAGAAGCUCAUUGAUAGGACGUGGAAGGGCAUCCCCGACCGAUGGAGAGCCUCCGCUUGGUACUCGUUCAUGGCAACCCACGCCAGGACCCACAAGAACUCACCGUCAGAGGACUCAGUCAUCACAGACUUCCAUCGCCUUCAGUGCAGGGGAUCGCCAGAUGACGUGCAGAUUGAUCUGGACGUGCCUCGCACCAUCAGUAGGCACGUCAUGUUCCGCAAGCGCUAUAAGGGCGGUCAACGCCUGCUGUUUCGGGUUUUACACGCGCUGUCGCUCUACUUUCCAAACACUGGCUACGUUCAGGGCAUGGCCUCUUUGGCCGCAACACUGCUUUGCUAUUUUGACGAGGAGAAAUGCUUUGUGAUGCUCGUCCGCAUGUGGCAGUUGCGAGGACUCGAGAAGCUCUACAGCCCCGGCUUUGAUGGACUGAUGGCGGCUCUGGACGAUCUGCAGACCAAAUGGUUGGACGGCAAGGACGUCGCAAAGAAGUUGACCGAGCUAUGUAUCGACCCUACAGCCUAUGGCACGCGGUGGUACUUGACGCUUUUCAACCUCUCCAUCCCCUUCGCCGCCCAGCUCCGCGUCUGGGACGUCUUUCUGCUCCUUGGGGAGAACCCCUCGGACUCCCCCAAGGCGCCCGAUUCUCCAACCACCAUGAACGGCAUCGACAUUCUACAUGCCACUAGCUCGGCUCUGAUACACGCGCUGCGCGAAGUUCUCCUCGACUCGGACUUUGAGAACGCCAUGAAGGCUUUAACAUCUUGGAUCCCGGUUAAAGACGAGGACAUGUUGAUGAAGGUGACCCGGGCAGAGUGGAAAACCCGACAAAAGAAGAGGUCCUAG